GCAUUUUACCUCUGUGGUUUCCUCAUCAAAACUAUGACCCCAAAGUAAUCAUGAGAGAAUUGUCAAAUGAAUUCGGAAGGAGGGGCAUUCUAUAAACUCCCUGACCAACACACCUCGAAAAUGUCAAGGUCAUCAAAACAAGAAAUGUCAAAAAAUCGUCACAGUUUUUGACACGAGGACUCAGAAAACAUGACAACUGUGAUCCUGGAUCAGAAAUCAGAAAUACCUGGACAGUGGGAACGUGCUGGCCAAAGCCCUCUAUGACAACGUAGCUGAGUCCCCGGAUGAGCUCUCCUUCCGAAAGGGUGACAUCAUGACGGUGCUGGAGCGGGACACCCAGGGCCUGGAUGGCUGGUGGCUCUGCUCGCUGCAUGGGCGCCAGGGCAUUGUCCCUGGUAACCGCCUCAAGAUCCUGGUCGGCAUGUAUGACAAGAAGCCAGCAGGGCCUGGGCCAGGCCCACCUGCCACUCCACCCCAGCCCCAGCCCAGCCUCCCUCAGGGGGUCCAUACCCCGGUGCCCCCGGCUUCCCAGUACAGUCCCAUGCUCCCCACUGCAUACCAGCCCCAGCCUGACAGUGUGUACCUGGUACCCACUCCCAGCAAGGCUCAGCAAGGUCUCUACCAAGCCCCUGGGCCCAACCCACAGUUCCAGUCACCCCCAGCCAAACAGGUAUCCACAUUCUCAAAGCAGACACCUCAUCACUCAUUUCCCAGCCCGGCCACAGACCUUUACCAGGUGCCCCCAGGGCCUGGAAGUCCAGCCCAGGACAUCUACCAGGUGCCACCUUCCGCUGGCAUAGGGCAUGACAUCUACCAAGUCCCUCCAUCUAUGGACACCCGCAGCUGGGAGGGAACAAAGCCCCCGGCAAAGGUGGUGGUACCUACUCGAGUGGGACAGGGCUAUGUGUACGAGGCCUCCCAGACAGAGCAGGAUGAGUAUGACACCCCACGCCACCUCCUAGCUCCAGGUCCUCAGGACAUCUAUGAUGUGCCCCCUGUUCGAGGACUGCUUCCCAGCCAGUAUGGCCAGGAGGUGUAUGACACACCCCCCAUGGCAGUCAAGGGCCCCAACGGUAGAGACCCGUUGAUGGAUGUGUAUGACGUGCCUCCGAGUGUGGAGAAAGGCCUGCCACCAUCCAACCAUCAUUCGGUGUAUGAUGUCCCUCCUUCCGUGACCAAGGAUGUGCCCGAUGGCCCGCUGCAGCGAGAGGAGACCUAUGAUGUGCCUCCUGCCUUCGCCAAGCCCAAGCCCUUCGACCCCACCCGACACCCACUGAUCCUCGCUGCACCUCCUCCAGACUCCCCACCAGCCGAGGACGUCUAUGAUGUGCCACCCCCUGCUCCUGACCUCUAUGACGUGCCCCCUGGUUUGAGGCGGCCUGGCCCCGGAACGUUGUAUGAUGUGCCUCGUGAGCGGGCGCUCCCUCCUGAGGUGGCCGACGGGAGUGUGAUUGAUGAUGGUGUGUAUGCUGUGCCCCCGCCAGCUGAACGAGAGGCCCCAACAGAUGACAAGCGCCUGUCGGCCUCCAGCACAGGCAGCACACGCAGCAGCCAAUCGGCAUCUUCCUUGGAGGUCGUGGUGCCAGGCCGGGAGCCCCUGGAGCUGGAGGUUGCUGUGGAGUCCCUGGCUCGGCUGCAGCAGGGUGUGAGCACCACCGUAGCCCACCUUCUGGACCUGGUGGGCAGUGCCAGUGGGCCUGGGGGCUGGCGUAGCACCUCCGAGCCCCAGGAACCUCCCGUGCAGGACCUGAAGGCUGCAGUGGCUGCAGUCCAUGUGGCAGUCCACGAGCUCCUGGAGUUUGCCCGCAGUGCCGUGAGCAAUGCCACCCACACUUCUGACCGCACCUUGCACGCCAAGCUUAGCCGGCAGUUACAGAAGAUGGAGGAUGUGUACCAGACACUGGUGGUCCAUGGUCAAGUCCUUGACAGUGGCCGGGGAAGCCCAGGAUUCACCCUUGAAGACCUGGACCGCCUGGUGGCCUGCUCACGGGCCGUGCCCGAGGAUGCCAAGCAGCUGGCCUCCUUUUUGCAUGGCAAUGCCUCACUACUUUUCCGACGGACCAAAGCCCCUGGCCCAGGGCCUGAGGGAGGUAGCUCCCUGCACCCCAACCCCACUGACAAAGCCAGCAGCAUCCAGUCACGCCCUCUGCCCUCACCCCCCAAGUUCACCUCCCAGGACUCUCCAGAUGGGCAGUAUGAGAACAGUGAAGGGGGCUGGAUGGAGGAUUAUGACUAUGUCCACCUGCAGGGGAAGGAGGAAUUUGAGAAGACCCAGAAGGAGCUGCUGGAAAAGGGCAACAUCAUUCGGCAGGGAAAAGGCCAGCUGGAGCUGCAGCAGCUGAAACAGUUUGAGCGACUGGAGCAGGAGGUGUCUCGUCCCAUAGACCACGACCUGGCCAACUGGACACCAGCCCAGCCCCUGGUGCCAGGGCGGACAGGGGCCCUGGGGCCCUCGGACCGACAGCUGCUGCUCUUCUACUUGGAGCAGUGUGAGGCCAACCUGACCACACUGACAGAUGCAGUAGACGCCUUCUUCACGGCGGUGGCCACCAACCAGCCCCCCAAGAUCUUUGUGGCGCACAGCAAGUUUGUCAUCCUCAGCGCACAUAAGCUGGUGUUCAUUGGGGACACACUGUCACGGCAGGCAAAGGCAGCGGACGUGCGCAGCCAGGUGACUCACUAUAGCAACCUGCUGUGUGACCUCCUGCGUGGCAUUGUGGCCACCACCAAGGCCGCCGCCUUGCAGUAUCCAUCGCCCUCUGCUGCUCAGGACAUGGUAGACAGGGUCAAGGAGCUGGGCCACAGCACUCAGCAGUUCCGCCGUGUCCUAGGCCAGCUGGCUGCUGCCUGAGCAGAGGGCUAGGGUAUGGAGGCUGGGGAGUGGGCGGCGAGGGUCUACCAAGCGUCUGUCUUGAAAGUGGAGAUCCUGCAGGUGUGGGGACAGGUAACCCCAGCUCUGCCUUGGGCCUGGUGCCCUCAACUGUCCAGGGAUUUGUACAUAUUUAUAGCAAGGCAGGGUGUGGGAUGCCUCCUCAGAGGAGCUGGAUAAUACGAGUGCACUGUGACUGCUGAUCACCAGGCUGGGGCCGGGGUGGAGGCACACAGGCCCCCAGCCCCAGGGCUCCCUGUGACAGGCAAGUACAGAGUGGUAUGCACCUCUGCACCAAGAAAAAACCCUAAAGAACUAUUUUUCACUAUUGAUUUUUCCAAUCAUUUGACUAAUAGUCUACAUUUAAUAAAAUUUAAAAAAUGAGAA